AUGCAAGCUCCUGCUAAAAUACUCAGUGGCUCCGACGAAGAGGUCUCAAACCCAGCAUCAAGCAACAUUGUCAUUUUUAGUUCAAGUGAUGAUGAGGAGGAGGAGGAGGAUGAAAGUGAAUCUGAGGAGCUGAACGAAUUCAAUAAAGAGAGGGAGGGCAUGGAAAAGUCAAAGAAACGGAAACUUUCUUUCCACACUAUGAAGCAGAUGGAAUGUGUUUGA